AUGGCGCUGCGGGGCGUCUUUUCCGCUGUUGCCAUCUUUGCCUCGAUCACCAAUGCGAUCCCAACGGUUGCCUUCCCUCUCAACUCUCAAGUUCCUCCUGCGGCACGUAUAAAUAUGCUUUUCUCCUAUACCUUUCCCAGCUCGACGUUCUCCUCUACGCUGCCCAUGACAUAUACCCUCUCAAGUGGACCCGAUUGGCUUUCCUUAGACAGCAACUCUCGGACCCUAUCUGGUACACCUUCGACAGAAGACGUGGGCACAGAUGUAGUGACCGAUGUUCCCAUAAUCUUAAUGGCAAGCGACGCUGAUGGAUCAGUAACACUCGAUGCGAGGCUGGUAAUUUCGCAGAAUCCAGCGCCAUCUCUUAGCAUACCGGCGACACAGUUGGAAAAGGCUGGCGAAUUUUCAGCUCCUUCAACACUUCUGUACCAUCCAUCAACACCAUUCAACAUCAAAUUGGAUCCUGGCACCUUCACGAGUAAUGGUAGCGAUGCUACUUUCGCUUACUAUGCGCUCAGCACAAAUAACACGCCAAUGCCAUCAUGGAUACAAUUCGAUGGCAGUACACUGGCCUUCAGUGGACAAACUCCAGACUACCAGUCCCUCAUAUUGCCACCACAGACGUUUGGGAUACAGCUCAUCGCUUCUGAUGUCGAGGGAUUUAGCGGGACGUCGAUGUUCUUUGAAAUUGAGGUCGGAGUGCACCUAUUCGCAUUCAAUCCCGCAGACACUGUCGUCAAUGUAACAGUUGGGGGCGAUUUCAGCUUCGAUGGACUUUCUGGGAACCUGGAGCUCGAUGGACAGGUUGCGAAGCCAACGGAUAUUGUCUCGGCGACUGCGCAGACACCAUCGUGGAUCAUCUUCGACAAUACAACUCUUACGCUCACUGGAACUGUCCCACCAGACGCAACCUCCGUGAACAUCACUAUGCUAGCGACGAAUAUCUACGGAGAUACAGCAGACGUAAUCAUACGAGUCGUGAUUACGGGCGCGUUGUUUAGCAGGUCAAUUGGUGACUUUAAUGCUACAAUAGGUUCAAAUUUCUCGUACGACCUGAGCACCUACCUGACCAACAAAGCCGACACAGUUCUCACUGCUAAGAUCCCUCCCCAUAAAAAUUGGCUCUCUCUCGACUCGGAAACCUUCACGCUGGCGGGAGAGAUAUCAUCCGAAGCGGAACCAGAGACAAUUGACAUCGAACUGUCUGCAAGAUCAAAGUCCACAAAUAAGGAGGAAUCCGAAUCGUUCAAACUGCUGCUUGUCGAAAGCAAUACCACUUCUACCAAUAGUACUACCUCAACAGCAACGAGAGCUUCCUCGAAGAAUACUUCGAAAGGCCCUGCUGCUACUGCAUCAACAACGAGUGAGCCCGCAGCCGUUGCCGCAAGCUCUUCUAAGCGACUUAGUAGCAAUGCCAUUUUGGCAAUAUCCAUACCAAUUGGUGUGGUAUUUUGCACCCUUUUAUUGGCACUCUGCUGCUACUGUCACCGAAGACGAAAGGCAAAGCAAGGGAAGGAAUUCGGAAAGAUAGAGAAGCGCGAGAUUUCGUCACCCCUCGAAUCGAGCCGCCCGAGCAUAGUAGAAGUCUACUAUCAGCCAUCUCCACUUAUACCAGUACCACCACCUCGUCCCCUCCAACUGGACAUGUCCGCGUUUGGAAUAUCAGGCGGUUCCAGACCCGGAGCAGUGAUAGGACCCAUUAAAGGAACAGAUACUGCCGGAAGAGGCAGAAAGAAAUUGGCAGACAAUCCUCUCAGGAGGUCUAAGACCAUGUCUAACCCUCGAUUGUCUCAACUCAUAAAUGGCGAUUCGCAUAAUUCAGGCUUUGGAAGAAGGGGAUCAAAAUCCGACAACGCAUUAUCAACGUCUGAAGAUAGCUGGAGAUACACCCAAGGCAGCACACAGCUAGAUCUUAGAUCCUCCGGAACAGGUUCAUCUCGGACGCAGCCGCUAACGAGAAACUAUUCGAAUUAUUCGCGGAAAGGACAUGUUCGGAGAUCAACCGUGCUAACCUCUGCGAUCCAGGACCCGUCUCAUCCAGCGCGGGAAAGUUAUCAUCAUGGUCAGGUCACAGCAGACACGAUUUUGAAUCUGCGAGACAGCAACUUCUCAGACAGACAGCUCGACAGUUUUUCCGCUAUCCAGAAUCAAGCAAAUUUUCGAGAGAGUAACGAGCCCCUACCAUCUAUAGAAAACUCUGUAGUCCAGCCCGCUGCUUUGAAACCAGCCAAACGGCGGUCGAGGCUCAUGAACACAAUCGACAGGCCCCGAGCCAUCGGCCACGGGCGUCCCGGGUCCGCCGCCUCAAUUGGCGGAAUCAUGAAACGACAAAGUAUUGGCCACGGGCAAGACUACGCUCCUCCACACAACAUGAGGAGAGACUCCAGAACGUGGCUCACUGUGGCCACAUCCCUCGAAACCGACAAGCGUCGCAGCGUUGCCAGCGCCUCGUCAACCACAUACGAAGAGCCAAUGCGCAGAACCAGAGCAAUGUCACCGUGGAAGACGAUCCGCCAAGUCACGAAAAGCCCAUCCAUAAACUACCACCCUUCCGUGCUCUCCGAAAGCAGCGGCAACUCCCGACUCUCCCGGCCCGUCAGCCGGCGCGUCGGCUCAUCCCCUUUCUUCGGUGGCUCCUCUAUCCGCAACUCCAAAAAGAUCGCCAAGAUCGCCAAUGACCGGCGGCCCUCCUUCCGCUCUUCGUACGCCGACUCUCCCACGGUUCCCGAAGAAUCGAUGAUGGAUAAUCUCGAAGCGCGAAUAAUGCGCGGGAUGCGGGAGAUGAGCGACGAGACGGAUAGGGACUCUUUUGGAAUCAGCUACUCGCUGGCGCGGGAGGGGACGCGGCAGCUCAAUAGCUACCACCAGGGCCAGAUGGAGCGGAGCCGGACCGGCGGAAGUCUGAUGAGUGCGGAGAGCCGGGACAGCCGGUUCGAGAGCGCGGCCGAGCUGGACAACUUGGAUCGGGAUCGAAGCCCGGGACCCGGGCGUCGGGGCGAAGAAGGGGAGAGGGGAGAUGAGUCUGAGUUUGAGGAUUAUCUGCCAGAUGGAUACUCGGACGGGAGCUGGGAGACGCAGAGGAGCCGGGAGAGGGCUGGGAAUGUAGAGCUGAGUUCGGGGGGCGAGGAGGUAGAACCGGGACGGGGACCGGGCCGUGGCAAUUCAAAGAGCACGCCUAGUUCUCCGGAGGUCGGCAGAGCCGCGAGGAUAGUGAGGGGUGCAGGGAGGAGGCCGGUGAGCGUUGACGCCAGGGCUGCGACGAGGGUGGUGACGCAGAGGGGGGAGAUCGAUUAUACGGCUUAUAUCUAA